UAUGACAGUUUCUAUUUGAGAUGCAGCUGAAGGUACAGUGUGUUCACAGAGACAGUUACAGUGCACGUUUCAGGGCCGCUGAUAUCUGAGCUGGUGUUAGUCUGUGAUCCUGAACUCAGAAUGAAGAUCCUCCUCAUCUUCACCCUCUUCCUUAUUUCAGUAGGUGGAGGAGAAUCAGAGAGAGUGAUGGGAUAUUCAGGAGGACGAGUCCUCAUCAAGUGUAGAUAUGAGACACAAUACACAUCAAACCCAAAAUACCUCUGUGAGGCUCCAUGGCCCUGCAUGACGAAGCCCAUUUGGACAGACGCUAAAAAUGAGUGGAUAAACAGUGGAAGAUUCUCACUGUUUGACGACACCAGAGCUGCACAGUUCUGGGUGGUGAUCAGGGAGCUCACUGUAGAGGAUUCUGGAACAUACAAAUGUGCAGUUUGGAAAUCUGGCAUUGAUGUCUACUCAUCAGUGGAACUGAAGGUAGAGGAAGAUCUGUCCUACGAGAAGAGCAUCAGUGUGACUGGCCAUGUUGGAGGAAGUGUCAACAUCAGCUGCAAAUACCCACAAUCCCACAGCAGUUACCCAAAGUUUCUCUGUAGGAGAGUGGGCCCUGUUAAUUGUAGUUAUGAAACAUCAGUUAAAGAGAGCAGAAGAUGGAUAAAUGAUGGAAAACUGUAUCUACAUGAUGAUGGAAAGCAGACCUUCACUGUGAUCAUCAACCGUCUGACUGAGGGAGACUCUGGUGAAUACUGGUGUGGAGCUGAAUCAGACUGGACAUCUGACCAUGGAUACAAGGCCUAUAUCACACAGAUCAACCUCAGAGUUACUGGAACAGCAUCACCCUCAACAUCACCAUCAAGCCCUGCUGCAAAGACCAUAGAAACAAACGCCCCUACAACUACAAUAAAAUCCUCAUCCAAGACUUCAACAGAAAUUCUACCACAGUCAUCGACAUACAUCAGCUCACUGACCACGAACCCAACCACAUCCUCAAUGCCUAAGACCAUACCAUCUUCUUUGUCAGUUUCCUCUGUGCUCACUGGUGUGUCGGUGAUUGUGUUGCUGCUUCUGUUUGGACUCUUAUUCUUCAUAGUCUUUCUUAGAAGGAGAGGCAAGACUCAAGACCCAGGCACAACCCAAAGCCAGUCCUUCAGAGGAUUCUCAGCUGUCCACAGGGUUUUCCAUCUUUUCAAUAACUAUGAAGAGAUUAAAGAGAGUAAACAUGUUCCUACAUCAGAUGCUGGAAUCUUCACAAUCUACUCUAUUGCUCAAUCCACAAACCCCUCAGAACCUUCUCAAACUUAUUAUGAAAAUGUCCAGUUACCCACAAACAUCUCAGAACCUUCUCAAACUGACUAUGAAAAUGUUCAGUUACCCACAAACCUCACAAAACCUUCUCAAACUGAUUAUGAAAAUGUUCAGUUACCCACAAACCCCACAGAACCUUCUCAAACUGAUUAUGAACAUAUCCAGUUGCCCUCAAGCUGUGACUUCCCAAAUCCUGUUUAUUCUCCUGCUCAGUUACCAUCAAAUUCUCCUGACCAGGUCACCUACUCCACAGGUCAGUUACCCACAUUUCUCUCUGAUUCCUCAACAAGUCCCUCUCUGCCUUUAGCUGGAACAUCUACAGAAGGCCCAACAUACGCAACAGUGAAUUUCAAUAAGAAGGUAGGCAGAGCGAGCGAUGCUGUUACCAGAACAGCCUUUAGCAGCGAUAAGGACUCAUGUGACUAUGCUACAGUCAAACAUUAG